AUUGAGAUGGAUUAGCAUUUACUAACUACAUCUUGUAGUGAAGAUGAUGAUGACAAAAACACUUUAAAAUAAGUCUAACUUGUUGUCUUUCCAAAAAGGUUUCUUAAUCCCCUAUCAACCUUUAGAAUGAAUGGAGUAAUAUUCCUUUUUUACUCUUUAUCUAUAGGAUUUUCAUCUCUAUUCUGAUGCCAAAAAUAUCGUCUUCAAUAAUAAUCUUAAAUUAGGAGUUAGCAGCUAAAAUCCAUACAAAAAAGUCUCUAAAGUAAUAAUCGACAAGGGAAGACUUGUUAUUUAGUAUACCUAAUUAGACUUUUCAAUAACUCCAUGGGAAUACGUUGUUAAAAAAUUGGAUAGUUAUGGCGAUGCAAAUAUUCAUGAACUGAGUUAAUACAUUUAAAAAUACAUUGAAUCUCUUAAAAAUGGUCUUUAAUAAGUUCACGGAACUUUCGAAGUAUGUUUAUAAACAUAACAUAUGUUUAGAAUCAGAUAACAAACUAUAGAGCUUCAGGACUUUAUUAAUAUAAAUAUAUCAAAGAUCUCGACCAGCUUUUUAUCUCACAAGUCGAAUAUGAUAUAAGCCUAAUUGAAGAACUUGGCUUUAAUGUAUCGAAAUUCAUUGAUUCUUGUCUUAAAUACGGAAUUCCAGAGUAAUUAUUUAAUUUGAAUUCUUUCCAGGAUUUCUCUCAAAUACGGAAGUACAAAUUAAGAAUAUUACAAAAACAUAAUGGAAUUUGCCAAACCAUUAGCACAUCCAUAACAGACUCAUGAAUAUUAUUUAUAUUCUCAUCUAUAUCCAGAGGUAUUAAUUAAUUUAUAUAUAUGAAAAGGGAUUAAAGACUGAUGUAUCUUUCUAAGUCGAACACUUAAAUAGCUCAACACAAGAAGAACAACUUAUCAACUUUCAUAUUUAUUACAAUUAUUAACCACAAUAAAAUCCCAUCUCUUUCAAUCAUAAUGAUAAAAAAACAAAACAACGCAAUUGCAUUUCACAUUACUAUUAACUUUAAGAGAAUCAAUUUCUAAGAUGUGGAUAUAAAAAAGUCAAAUUCUGAACAUUAAUUAUUUCUAAC